AUGACUGUCGCUACUGAAGCCGUGUCCAAAGCAUCGGCCUUGUCUAAAGGCGGUAAAAAUCUUUUUCAGUUACUGAGUGGUCUGCCAUCCAAUGGUGUGGGAAGCCGAGUGGCUCCCAACAAGUUUGUCAAUAAUCCUGCGCUGCAAAACAGCUAUUACGAAGUUACCAAAGUCAACUUGAAAGAAGGAAACAAUCACGGCCGUGCAUGGGGUGUACAAAUAUUGAAAGGGCGUACUAUCGAUAAUGGAAAGCCCAUGGAGAUCCGAGGAGGUCUCAAGUUCAAGUGGAAGGUCCUUCAAUAA